AUGAAUGACCAUGCUCGACUUAAGCGGCAAAGUCACGAGGAGCCACAGCAUGUCCCGCUCCAGCACAUCAACUAUAGGCCAUACAAUGAGGCACCUGAUAAAAUCAAGCAGCUACUGAAGCUCCAACAGGCCAGGGAACCACUGGUCUACUUAGCUGCCCAGCCACCCCCACAGCUUCAAGCAGCCUCGGCCCCUGGAAUCCACAGAACGCCACCUCCUCAACAGGUCCAACCCCAGCAGCCUCUGAUUCAACCAGCGCAGUACAGCCCUAAGGUUCAGUACAAUCAAGCGCCACCGCAACCGACGUACAAGGGUAUCCAGGCGAUUCAGGCGGGCGCUCAGCCAGAUUCGCCACCUGCCUCCCAGAACUACUACACGCCUCAGUACAAGAGCCAGUACAACCUGCACCAGCAACAAUCCCAGCCUAACGCCUUGCCAAAUGCAAACUACAGGCCCGUAUCUGCCGUGCCACCGGCUGGUCUUUUGGGUCAAUAUCGGGGCGCCCCAUCACCGCAACAGCCCCCUGCACAGUUCCCAAAGAACUUACCGCCCCACAUUCAAAAGAUCAUCGAGUCCCAGCGGGCAUAUCAAGGUGGGCCUAUGUCACCGAUAUUGACGAUCGCUUACGAUAAGAGGUGGAAAGCGAAUUGA